AUGAGGCUGGCUAUUGGCGUUAACAAGAACAUAUUCUAUGCCUUUCCACAACCUGCAAAUGACUCAGCAAAAAUAUCCGAUCCUGAUGUUCUGAAAAAUGUGAAUUUUUGGUUAUCUGAUUCCCAACAAUCACUGCGUAACAAAUUAUAUCUGUCGGAAAAUAAAAACAUUGCAAAAAAUGUCAUAUUCUUCAUUGGUGAUGGAAUGUCAGUCUCAACAGUGACUGCUAGCCGCAUUUACGGAGGCCAAAUGAAGGGUAUUGUGGGAGAACGAAAUUCAUUAUUUAUGGAACGGUUUCCCUAUGUUGGACUAUCUAAGACAUAUUGUGCAGACCGACAAGUAUCAGAUUCGGCUUGUACAGCAACUGCUUAUCAUACGGGUAUUAAGGCAAAUUUCGCAACGAUUGGAGUAUCAGCCCAUGUAAAAACAGCCAAAUGUGAGGCAGCAUUAAAACCCGAACAUCAAUUAGAAUCCAUAUCCAGCUGGGCUCAAAAGGCAGGAAAGGCUACAGGAAUUGUCACAACAACUCGGAUUACACAUGCUACUCCAGCUGGUGCAUAUGCGCAUACCUCCCUCCGCGACUAUGAAAGUGAUUUCGAUGUCAUUGCCCGGAAGGCUGAUCCCAAACAAUGUAUUGAUGUUGCACGACAAUUGGUGGAAAAUAAAGUUUCGAAAAAUUUCAACGUUAUUAUGGGCGGUGGAGCAACUAAAUUAUUGCCAAAUGGUACAAUGCAUGACAGUGGUUUUAUGGGAGAGCGUUUAGAUGGAAGAAAUAUUAUAGACGAAUGGAUACAAUCUAAAGAUGAUGGAACAUCAUUUGUUCAUAACAGACAACAAUUAUUGGAACUUGACACUGAGGUUACAAAUAACUUAAUUGGUAUUUUUGCCAAUAGCCACAUGUCUUACAAUCUAGAUAAUGACGGCUCACAGCCUACAUUAAAGGAAAUGACCGCAGCUGCUAUAUCGAUAUUAAAAAAGGAACCAAAUGGUUUCUUUUUAUUCGUGGAAGGUGGUCGCAUUGAUCAUGCCCAUCAUGAAACGAAAGCCAAAAAGGCUUUGGAUGAGACAGUACAAUUUGAUGAGGCCAUACGGCAGGCAUAUGAGUUAACCGAUCCCAGUGAAACGUUGAUUGUCAUUAGUGCGGAUCAUGGACAUACAAUGACUAUAAAUGGUUAUCCGAAAUUGGGAAAUGCCAUUACCGGUAUAAGUACCGAAAUGACAAACAUUGAUUUUUUGCCAUAUACAACAUUGUCGUAUGCUAACGGACCAGCAUUUUCAAGAUUUUUGUAUUCCUCUCAUAUGUCCAAUAUGGAGAAACACAAUGAAGACUUAUUUUCGGAUACACAUGAAGACGUUGUUAAACGCUAUGAUGUGAGAAAAAUUACAAAUAUAGGUGAAAAAGAUUUUCAAUACCCUGCUGCUGCGCCAAUGAUUGAGGAAACACAUGGCGGGGGCGAUGUUGCAAUCUACGCUAAUGGUCCUUGGUCUCAUUUAUUUACAGGAGUUUUGGAGCAAAAUACUUUACCUAUAUUUAUGGCAUUUGCUGCUUGUAUAGGUCCAGAUGAAUUAAAUUCAUGCAAUUACAAUACUGAUAAUUCUGGCAACAAAUUAGAUCACAAUUUGUUACUGAAAUCAGUAUCAUAA